AUGCAGCAUGAAACCGAGAAAAUGUGUGAGUUCGAAGGCGACAAAGUCUCUAACGAGGAAGAAACGAGAACAGUCAGCAUUGAUGGAAAGAACUGUCUCGCAGUAAUUGCAGAAGCGUAUUCUAGCUCAGAGGACGAGACUUAUGCAGACACUCGCUUCAUUGCAGAAAGCAGUAUGGUUGAAGAUAGCAUUUGCAACAAAAUGGACACGAAUGACUUCGUGAAUGUUGGUGUUAAUCUAGGUUCUGUUAGAGAGGAGAGUACAGCUUUGGAAGAACAAAACAACAGCUUAAAUAGGGUUAGCUCGCCUGGGACUGCGCCUCAAAGUAAACUUACCGUAGGGCCUAAAAGUGAUGCUUUUAUGCUCUCAGAACCUGGGAGUGAUGGAUGCGCUCUUGGUUUAAAGGAAAGUGAUAGUCAGUUAGUUUUGAAGGUUCUGUCUAACAAGGACUACGUCAUUGCACCAAGUGGUGAUGAUAGUAUUCCCUUAUAUCCUAAAAAAGACGACCAUGCAUUACCACAACCUAAAAGGUGUGAACACAUCCUUAAAAUAAAACCUAAGGAUAAUGAAUGCACAGUAGAUGAGUCUAUUGACAGGAGACACACAUCUGUUGAGGAACAGGAUGGUGGACAGAGCUUUUUAAUGAGUAAUGAUGUUCCAUCUGUAGUAACAGAGAGUGGUGAGCAAACAGUUGCAGAGCCAGAUGACAUGAGAGACGUAGAUACUCCUGAAGAGUCCCAAAGAGAUCAAUACAGAAUUGUAGAGUUAGAGCAACAUGGUCAUUUUGCAACAAACCAUGAUGGAAAUACUUGUCAUCAGGUUUACACUAUGAGUAGUAUUGACAAAGAACUUGAGAUUAUCUGUGAGGCUGGGAGUAAUGUGCAGACAAAAGAACAUGCACAGGAUCCAACUGCAGUUCACUCUUCGUCUAGUGAUAGUUCCUCAGAUGAAGAAAGCUCAUCAAGUGAAAGCUCUGAAUCCAGCUCUGAGUAAGUGAUUGAAAUAGUUUCUUUUUUGAGGUGUUACAACCACAUGCAUUCACUAAAUUGUUUUGAUGAUGUCUUGUAUUGAAUAGUUAUCUUUUUAGAUUUAGGUAUAUACCAACCUUAAUUAGAAAAGCAUUUUGAUUGGUUCUUCCCUAUGAUCUAUUAGGCGGCAGAUGCCUACAUGAUGUUGUCAUCAAAAGCAUUUUACUUUUUUAUCAUUUAAAACAUUGGACAAAUUGUAACAAAUUGAUUCAAUGUUGCUGUGGGUCUGUGCUGUAACAGAUCACAGGAGAUGUAAAAAUGUGGAAAGAACAUUAAUUACCCACUCAACUGUGCCUUGUGUGCAAUGUUUUUGUUCUUACCACAUAUUUGCUACAUCUGUGAUUUAUCACUGAACAGACACAAUUGGCAACAUGGGAUCUAUGCAUUAAUUAGUUGAUAAUGGUUUUUCUAAAUAAAUUUCAAGUGAUGAUCUGGAAGACAUCAGAAAAGAGAUUGAAAAAGAGGAGGAUCGUACCUAUGUAGGGCCACUGAAAACAAGAAGUGAACUGUCAGUGAAGGUACCUGUGCUUAAUUUUUUUUUUGUUGAGGACUGGGCUCCUGGCUCAACUCUUUUAAUGUCAGAAAUUAAGUUUUUUCUGCCAGGAAAAAAGAAAAUUAAAAAGACGGGGAGAAAAUAAAUUCAGAGAGAUUUCUUAUACAAUAUUACAUGUUUUAUGCAAAUGCCAUUCUUUAUCAACAUGAAAUUUCUUCUCAUAAUAUCAAAACAUCAUCCAGUAAAACAGUGAUAAGAAUAGAUGAGCUUAUCAGCUGGAGAGUAUAACAUUGAUCUCAGACCCUAUUCUCCAAACUAAGUCAAAGGAAGUUUGUAACAGCUAAAAAGGAGAAUUGCUAUCCUGGUCAUAGAUGUUAACAGUAAUGUGAUCAUUAAAUUGAGUACAGUUAAAAACAAAUAUAUUUUCAGGACCUUCCUGAAGUUGCAGAUGUGGAUAUUACUGUUGAUGAAAAUGUUCAGCUUGUAGAACUUGGAGUGGUGUUCAGUGUGGUUGAGUCAUUAGGUAAGCUUUUUUCUUCUUAUUAUUUUUUUUUCUCAAACCUUUUGACCCUUUAGAAUGUUUAGCAUUUAAUUUCCCCUUACCCUGUCUUUCCUGAAUCACACAUUAACGUCACAAGAUUAAAGUCAAUGAUCACCAACUAAAACUGUUCUUGAUCAUGAAACAAUUUCCUCUUUUCAGCACAGUAGGAAAUGUUUAGAGAACAGAAUGGAGAAUAUACAUACUGAUCUUUGGAUGUAAAGGGUUAACUAGAAACAUUCUGUAAUGACUGACUUGAGAAAUCUGGUAUAAUAUUGCUUUUUUUUUUACUUCAUACUGUGAGGGGCUCAGAAACUCAUGACAUCCUCUCUACCAAUCUAUCAAACAAAAUAGAGAAGCAAUGUACAUUACCAGCAACCUAAGGCCUGUUCCUAGAAAGUCUUAGUAACUUAACCCUUUAAUUCCCAUGAGUGAUCAAGAGUGAAUUUCUCCUUACAAUAAUAAUACAAUGUCAAGCAGGUAAAUGAUGAGAAUAAAGAAAAAUAUAAAUUAGGGGAUCACAAGUAGAUGCAUUACCAAAUUCUUCAAACCAACAUCACAACAAUUGUAUUGUAGACAUUAUAGGCAAAGAGACUGAUGAUGUUUAAUUCUCUACAAGGCAUUCCAGUUCUUCUUCAUAAUUUUUGACCUUCACUGCAGCUCUUUUAUUCUUUUAGUGGUAGUAAAAGCCUUACCACAAACUCCAGCAUUGGAUUCGGAGAGUGCUCUUUUCUUGGAGAACAGAUCCUGUCUUGGUGUGGUAUGUAUAGUGAAGAUGAAGUCUUGUUGGAAGUGUAUCCUUAUAAGUGAUUGUUUCAAAAUGGUAGUUACUGUAAAAGAGUUGUAACCAGUAUUGGAAAAGUUAAAAUGGUUACAUAACCUGAACUACCCUAAUACCUGCAGCAUCAAUUGCAAUUAACAGAUUACAUGCUGGAAAUCAGCCCAGAAAUUAUGGUAUCCCACUCUUAAUUACCACAAUUGGCAAAAAAAUUGUUGACACAUUGACCUUUUUAACCCCUAGUAAUUCAAUGUUAUCUGUUUUCCCCUUGUUAAGUUCACCUAUUUGCCCCCCUUUCCCCCCUCCCCCCCCCCCAAAAAAAAAAAAUUUUGUUUGAUUCCAUGAACCUUUAGCUAUGUACAGGCCACAUUUAAUUGGGGAGGGGGGGAGGGGUCAUGUCAAUGAUUUAGAUUUAGAGUGUGGUAGAAAAAGGAGUGUUAUUCUACACAUCAAUAGAACUCUUCAAGCAUGAUGUGUCAACUAAUUUUGAUGCUGAUUGUAGUUUUGGUUUUUAGUUACACCUAGUUUCUAAUUGGCAUCAUUGAAUUCAAUUGGAAUCAUUGUUUGAGUGCUUUAAUGUGAUCAAUCAAUUAAUUAAUGGCACUGUGAAAUUUCUUUCUUCACCAAGUUGUUAGUGACAUUACUUCUGUGAAUCAUCUGAAGUGAAACUGUAUUCUGACUUAUUCAUAAAAAAGUGAUUGAAUAUUUCACAAAGUCGUGACAUUGAUCAAGAAUAUAUCAAUGAAUAAGCAUUUUUCUCUGCAGGUUUUUGAGACCUUUGGACCAGUGCAGACUCCAUUUUAUUCAGUCAGAUUUAACAAUGAGGCAGACAUUGACAAAAGAAAUAUUCAUGUAGGAGACAAAGUGUUCUAUGCUCCUGACAUGAUGGAGUAUUCCAACUUUGUCUUUGUGGCACAGCUUAAAAAGUAAGAGUUGCCUCUGCACAAGCAGAGUUAGAUCUGAUUUUUAAUUCUCCUCUAGCAGCACAUUUCCUUGUAAAUUACUCACAAGAAUUUGGUGUUAGAUCAAGGGAACAACUUCUACCUGAUGAGUUUGAAUAUUCUCAAUACCUGUUUUCUGGAUAAUGUAUGAUUAUUAUAGGGAGAAGUUAUACUUCAAUCACUUCUGGGAGUUAAGGGGUUAAGUUUUGAAGUUGGCAGAGUUUGCUGAAAAGAAGACUUUGUGGGGAAUGAGGUUCAUGGUGGAAUGAUAUUUCCCAAGGAAUUAUAUGGAAGUCAGUAAAGAGAAUUACAAAUUGUAUCUUGGUAGUGAAAAUAUUAAAUUUCAGCUUAAAUGUAUAGAGUUCUUAUUUUGUAUUUUUUUGUAAAAUCAGUAAGCCUCAAAGAUGUAGCUUACUCAACACUCAAUAAAUUUAGUUGUACAUUUUUCUCCCAAUUUACUUUUAGGCUGAAGGGAUCUGAUGCCUCAUGGGAACAUGAUGAAGAACCCCCAGUAGAGGUGAUUUAGCGAUGACAACAAAACUUACGAUCUUUCUUAUUCUAUUUACAAAACAUGAUGCUAUUGACAUUACUGAUCCUAACAGUGUGCAGGAUGCAUGUCAUAAACGAACUUUGUAAUGAGCCUUGCACUCUAUAGAGUCUCUGUGGUUCAGAGGUAAAGCAUCAAAGUGCGGAAUCUAAAGGUGUGAGGUUACAAUUCCUCAUGGAGACUCAGAAUUUUUUCUUUGUCCCACAACAAGAUGAAAAACAUCUUUCACUAUUUUUUACCAAGCUCAAAACUUACAAAACUUACAAUCUUUCUUAUUCUAUUUACAAAACAAAAGGAUUGUUACAAGGAUGACAGCACCAGCAGUUUGAAAGGAUUGCUAUUUUGCCCAAACAAAGAAAACUUGAGUCGUCAUAAGUUUGAUGAAUUGAAAGGUUUCAAUAAAAGUAGGUUACCAGCAGUCUACUGUUGCCUGUAAGACAUCUUACCGCUGCUGUCUGUUUAGCCUGUGGGCUGGCUUCCAUGUUUGGGUUUUGCCUGAUGGCACAGCUACUUAUUACACUAACCGCUGCCAUUUAUGGACAAAUUUAUUGAAACUCUUGUAAAUUACUGACCAAAUUUACUGCUUAAAUAAAAAAAGUUAUUUAAUUUAUUGACUUGUUUCACAGGCUGAGGAAUUUUCUGAUGAUGAGGAAGAAGCUAAGGCUAAGGCCAGCAAAAAGAAGGAAAGGUAAAACUUGAAAGGAGUUUUGUGUACCUGAGGAAAAUACAGUGAAUAGAUUUCUUCACAAAAUGCAUUAAAUACAUUAAUUUAUAAAUAAAGAAUUAGUCCAUUUUUUCUUUAACUUACAGAAUGGCUAAGAAAGGCCCACCUGCAGAUGUUGAUAAAGCAAGUAACACAGAGAGUGAAAGAAAUAUUCACCAGGGAUCCAAUCGAGGUAGACUUUGAGAAUUUUUUAUAAUUAUUUUUAAUUAUGGUAUUUUAUUUAUUCACUAACUAGAGAAUGAAAUGAUAGAGCUGCCAGGUUGUAUAUUGGCCUUCUUUUAUUGGUAAAACAGUUUUUAGUCAAUUUGUAUCUCUUUUUUAUCAUCAAGUAGAUAAUGCUCAAUAUGAUUAGAAGUAUAAAUGAGUUUACCAAGCCAGUACGUUUUUAGGAAAAUGGAUCAGGUUAGAGAGAAGCACUGAAGGAGUGAAUGUAUAAUGAGGGCAUUGGUAACAUGAAAUACCCUUCUAUGUAAGUUCAUGUUAUGGCCUUUUAACUUGCAGGUGGCAGGAAAAGAACUUGGCAGAACCGUGGAAGAGGAAAACCUGCCAACCAGAGCCAAGAUGGAGGGAAUUUUGCUACUAGCCCAAGGAGACCCUUUCCCCCUGCAAGAGGCACAUUACCACUCAGGGCACCUCCUCAUGUGGGGCUAAGACCUUCCCUUUUCGCAGGGAAUCCCUACAUGCACCACCCACCUCAAGGUCCUCAACAAUUGAUAAUGGGACAUACAGGACUCUAUGCAGGGCUACCUCCAAGAGGUCCAUCUCAAAGAGGCCCAUUAAUGCCACAGCCCAUGGGACCUUCUCCUGAUACAUAUCCUGGCCUUAUGGGAAACGUGCCCCUUCCUCAAUUUGGUACACAGAGGUUGUCUACUUCUCAACAUAUCCCAGCAGGGUUACCACCAGGCUUUGCACCCAGACAUGUUAUUCCUGGACCUGCAGACCCUUAUGACUAUAGAGCAAAUGUUGGACUUCAAGCAAGAAAUGCAGGCUUUCCUAUCUCCUCACCCUCUCCUCCCACAUUUCCACCUAACCUUUAAGCCUCCACUAUAAAGGUUAUACAUCACAGUGACAAGUACUCAUUUUUAUUCCAUGUAACAAUAGAAAUGCCAAUUGUUUGCCAUAAUGCAAAUCUCUUGCACAGAGAAACGUUUUAAAAUGUGUUUGUUAUUGAUCAGUUAUACUGGGUUAAUUUUCCUGUUGUGAAUUUGUGAUUGACUUUCCAGGCAUAACAAUAUCACACAUCAUGUAAAAUAAUAACCUCAAAGUCACUUGUAGUUAUUCCAGAAUGGAAUGAAUAAUCAAUGUAUUAACUACUUGCAGUUUGGUAAAAUAUGAAUAUUGCAUCUGCUGUUUAACCCUUUCUUCCCCAAGAUCUCAUUAGUGAUUCUCCAUACUGUUUGCCAUGCAGUUCUUAUGAUUUUAGUUCUGAGAAUUUUGUGUUGGAUCAACUAAUAAUCACCUACUUGUUUUUUUUUUAUUAAGCUCUUCAAUAGUCUGAUUGAUAAUGUACUGAUAUUGUGAGGGAAAAUUCUGUCUUGGUCACUUGUGGGAUUUGAAGGGUCAAGGUGUUUCUCAAUAAUUUUGAAAUAGAUAAACCUAGCUUUAUGAAAUACAGUAGUGGGAGAUACAGUGUCUCAAUGGUUUGUGCCCUGGUAUUUAGGUCAAGAGGUCUGGUUUCAAAACCUAGCCAGGUCAUUGU